ACAACAUCUCUCACACAACAAUUCACACAAUUUCUCGUUUUUGUUUUUAAUUAAAUAUUUUAAUUUACGUUACGUAUCAAAUUCCGAGCAAGAUGACUAUUCUCGUUGAACAUUUCGUCUCUGAUUCAAGAGUGGAUGAAAAGAAAGUGAUAGAGGAGAAGGAUGAUGAAUUGGUGUUGGAUGGAGGUUUUGUGGUUCCAAAAUCAAAGGAAACUGAUGCAUUUGAUGCUCCUGAUAUGAAUUUCUUAGGCCAUUCUUUCAGGGAUUAUGAGAAUGGUGAAAGCGAGAGACAACAAGGCGUUGAGGAAUUCUAUAGGAUGCAACACAUUCAUCAGACCUAUGACUUUGUGAAGAAGAUGAGGAAAGAGUAUGGAAAGCUUAACAAGAUGGAAAUGAGUAUAUGGGAAUGUUGUGAGUUAUUGAACAAUGUUGUCGACGAGAGCGAUCCGGAUCUUGAUGAGCCUCAAAUCCAACACCUUCUCCAAACCGCUGAAGCCAUUCGCAGGGAUUAUCCCGACGAAGAUUGGCUCCAUCUCACUGCCUUAAUCCAUGAUCUUGGCAAGGUUCUUCUUCUGCCAGAAUUCGGUGGUCUUCCCCAGUGGGCUGUCGUUGGUGAUACAUUUCCAGUUGGAUGCACCUUCGACUCGGCCAAUAUUCACCACAAGUAUUUCAAAGGAAAUCCUGAUAUCAACAACCCAAAAUACAACACAAAAAAUGGAGUUUACAGUGAAGGAUGUGGAUUAGAUAAUGUUCUCAUGUCAUGGGGUCAUGACGACUACAUGUAUUUGGUGGCUAAGGAAAAUGGCACGACUCUUCCUCACGCUGGUCUCUUCAUUAUUCGAUACCAUUCCUUCUAUCCAUUGCACAAGGCAGGAGCUUACACGCACUUAAUGAACGAUGAGGACAGAGAUGAUCUCAAGUGGCUCCAUGUCUUCAAUAAAUAUGACCUAUACAGUAAGAGCAAAGUUCUUGUAGAUGUCGAACAAGUGAAGCCUUACUACAUUUCCCUCAUCAACAAGUAUUUUCCGGCGAAACUAAAAUGGUGAGAUAAAGCUAAGAGUCAAUUAAUUAACUACCUUUUAUGUGGAGAACGAGAUCGAAGAUUAACGAGUUUCUAUUGUAUACAACGAAGAUAAAUCUAUCUAUCUAAUAAAAAAGUUGGUGUUCA